GUUAAUGCGUUACAGUAAGGUCAUGAAGUUAUAGAUUGAAGAACAAAUUACCAAUAUUGAGCUUAUAUUAAACUAAGGGAUCAUAACCGUAUUUGAUCAACCAACGCGCGUAACGAUUUUGUAUUUUUUUUACAUCAUUUCUUUCUCCAAGAAAUUUAUUAAUAUUCAUAUAUGCGCUUCGAAAAAUGUAUGUACCUAAAUUAGUUUUUUAUCUGCUAAUAUCUGCUGUAAAAUUGUUUGCAGUAUAUGGGCAACAGAAUCCAACCAUUUCUUAUAUCACAAAAGAGCAGUAUGCAAAUAUAGGUGAUUCUAUUGAUCUAGUUUGUUCUGUUCAUUAUGCUACUGGCUACCCAGUUUUGUGGGUAAAAAUUGAUAAAAAUGGUCGAAACUCUAUUAUAUCAACUGGCAGCACACAGUUAAUUCCAGAUCAACGAUAUUCUAUUCGGCAUGAUGAUGCUAGCAAUUCCUAUACUUUGCAGAUAACUAAACUUCAGAAAGUUGAUAGUGGAUUAUAUCAAUGUCAAGUACUUAUUGGACCUACCAGUAAAUUGGCAGAAGAUGCUUGGUUGCAUGUGAAGAUUCCUCCUGUUAUAUUAGACAAUAGUACACAAUCAGUGCAGACCACAUCAGGUGCCACUGUUUAUUUGAACUGUUAUGCACGAGGAAGUCCUGAGCCAGAAAUCUCUUGGAGACGUGAGAACAAUGAUAUCCUGCCUACUGGUGGAGCUGUUUUCCGAGGAAAUAUUUUAGCCAUUCAUAAUAUAAGUAAACGUGACAGGGGUACUUAUUACUGCAUAGCUGAAAAUGGCGUCGGAAAAGGUGCUCGUCGUCAUGUAGGUGUUGAAGUUGAAUUUGCACCAAUAGUUACUCUUCCAAGAACUCAUUAUAAGCAAGCAUUAAAUUAUGAUGUGGAUUUAUAUUGCCAAGUCGAAGCAUAUCCAGAACCCUCCAUAAUAUGGUUAAAAGACCAGCAUCAGAUAUAUGACAAUCAGCGAGAAUAUUUCAUUACUACAUUUAGUUCUGAAUCAGGAUUUGUUGAAUCAAAACUGCGUAUUGCUGCUGUAGAUGAAGAUUCUUAUGGCACAUAUACAUGUAAAGCUAUUAAUAAGCUUGGCCGUGAUCAAAAGAAAAUCACUCUUGAAGAAUCGUACUAUGUUGAGUGCCCUCCCGCAUGUGGAUUACUUGUAUCUGGUUCAAGCGCUGUUGCAGACUUUCUGUCUGUGGCAUUUAUAGGAACAGUUGCCUUGUUAAGCAUAAAUAUGCCUUUUUUAAAGUAUAUAUAGCUCCAUUAUGGAUAAAGAUUUUAUUACUUUUAAUCUGAGAGUAUGGAAAGGGACCAUAGUUUGGUUAAAAAAAAUAGAAAAUGAACUUCAUUCAUUUGGUAAUAUGGUGUUUCACUUUCAUCAAGAUGCAGAAGUAAGAGACCUGAAGAUUUUUGUUAAACACAGACUCAGGAUUACUUGAUGUUUCAAUUGGUAUUUAUUCUGACAACAUUUGUUAAACAUCACUGUUAAGGCAUUAUUUAAUCUUAUACAAUUUACCGAGUAUGUGUUAGGUGUAAAGAGUUAAUUUUAUGUAAGUUGACAUGCUUGUAUUAAAAUAUAAUAAAUGCUAAAGACUCUCAGAGAGGUAUUUCCUCUCCCCUUUCAAAUUAAAGUUUCUUUGUUAUUGUGCAAAUAUUUGUCAUUUUUAGUUUUCGAGUAAGCUUUCAAAAAGUAUAUUAACUCUUGAUCUGUCAAAAUUCAGUCGUAAUAAUUCAGAAUGAACAGGUGAGGUACUUUAAAAAUCCUUGUGUAUUUAUUAUUUCUUAGAACAGUUGAUUAUGCAAUAAGCAAUGAUUAUUAAUAAAAUAGUGAUAAUUUUAUAUUUAGGUGAUUAAUAUAUUUAUAAAUAGAUAAUUUUAAGUGUAAUAUUAUUAGUGGUAGAUAUAUAUUUCAUGUGCUGCUGUUAUUAAACCUCUAGUCAGUUUCGUUAUUUCAUAGCUGCAGUUCUUUCAGUUUUUCAUUACAUGUCCUGGUUACCUGAUAGGAAUCUCCCAGUUUAAAUUUUUAGUCUUUUAUUUUGCUCAUCUUUUCAUCUAUUCAUCUUUCAAAUUAAAAAAAUGGAUCUGAAUGGCAAAUAGGUGAAGAAGAGUGCAGAAACAGGUUCUUUAAAUGAAAAUUGCAACAUGCUUAAGUCAGUGUGAAGUGAACGGAUUAUAACCUAACUGAUAUGAAGUGAAGAUGUUUUAUUCUGUUUUUUACUGCAUUUAAUCUCAUGUGCCAUAGUGUAUGAAAUGUGCAAUUAGUUUUUAACUAAUUAAUUUUGUUAUUUGCCGUAGAUUAUUAAUUUUAUCUCCCAUUAUAUAUAAAAGUACUUUGAUAAAUAAAAACUUUUCUUCCUUACAGAGAAUUUUGUCCAUAUAAAAAUUUAAAAAGUACAAAAUAAAGUAAAAUUAGUAAACAAAACUAUAAACUUUUGAAUGUGUAAUUAAAUAUUUAUAUAUUUUACAUUAGAAUCACAUUGUAAAUAGUUCAGUAACCUUAAGCAUUAUAAAGCAAAUUUAAAUGAAUUUGGCAUUCUGUUGAAAUUGCAUUGACAGGUGCAGCAUAAAAACCUCACAAUUUCCAUGCAAAAAUCUUUUGGUCCUACAGAUUUUAAGAUUGGCAGAUAUUGGCAACAGUCCUUCAGAUUUCAAGAUUAUCUGUAUUAACAUAUUGACAAUGUUAUAAUUGCAUUUAUAUUUGUCCAGUUUUCAAAUUAGAACAUAAUAAUUCAUACUUGUACAUAGCAUAACAAUUCAUGAUUCUUUGAGAACUGAUAUAAAUUGCAUUCACAUUUUUAAGUAUUUUGAAUUUUUUACCUCAUCUAGUUUUUUUUUCUUUUCCAACAAACAAAAUAUUUUUUGUUGUUUUCUUGCUGUUUUUAUUCUUUCUAUUUUUUUCCACUUUCGUACUGUAUCUGUCCUUCUGUUUUAUACUUCAACAAUUUAUUCCCUGGUGAUUUUUUAAUCCUUUUAUUAUGACUGAGCUCAUCAUCUCUAAAUAUUAAGAUUUACUGAGCUUCCUGUAAUUUUUUGACUAUUUAAAUCUUUGAAAUGUUGUCUCGUAUAUAAAGCUAUAUGCAGGAGGAAAAACUAAUAGUUGUUCAAUUCAGUAAUUUUCCCCAACAAAGUGAAUGUUACUAAAUCGCUCACAAAGCACUUCUGAUAUUCAAAGCUGUGGCUCAAGCUUGUCUCUUAUGAGCAGAUUGAUAAAGAUAAUGCAUCCAUAAGGAAUUCAGAGCAGGAGUUGAGAGCAGUUAUCUGUAAUUUUGAUGCAGUGAACAAAUAUAAACAAAGAAUAUCUGUCAACAGAGAGUUAUAAAGCACAGGAGAGAAAUAACAAAACACUAAUUACAAAAUAUAAUGAAGCCCUAAUAACUGGAUUGUUUAAUUUAUUGUGCUGAUAUGUGUAAUAAUGUUUAGCAUGGUUAGUAAGUGAAAGGCAUUGUAGUUUUAUCAUGCUUAGUCUUAUGCCUAUUUAUGAAAAGAUCUGAAGUAUAUUUUGUGCAAUAACUUAAUCUAAAAUUAGAAUAAAAAUAUGAAUGUUACAGCAGUAAAGCUGUUUUGUUUUUUAAGGAACUGUUUUGCUCAGGCAGAGUAUCUUAGCAGCUGCAGCAGUACAAAAUUUAUUUAGCCUGGUGUAUAAGGGAUGUUUAAUAAAAUUGCCUUAGUGGAACCAUUUGGUACUGGAUGCUUUUUAAAUAAAUAUUUGAGUAAUAACAAUGAAAAAAAUGCUUUUAUGAUACUUAAUACAAGCAUUUCAACUUUAUAGUUAAACCUCUGUAGUCAUGUUUGAUACUUUUUUCAUGAAAAUAUAUGCAUUACAAACAUUUUCAUCAUAAAAAUUUAGUUUUUCAUCACAGGACAAUCAUUACAUUCCUCUUAUAUAUGUUAUUUGUACAGCAAAGUUGGAAUUUUUGUAAAAUUAUUUAGGAAGUAAUGGUUUAGCACUUUAAGUUGCUGUCAUUUUAAUUGAUUGAGAAGUUGCAGAUCUAUAUUCUUUCCAUUCUGUAUUCUAAAUUAACAUUCCAUAUAUUAAUUAUUUUGAAUGUAAUCAUACCUAUAUUAAGAAUACAAAUUUUUUAUUGUUGAGUGAUUAGUAGGUAGUGAUUGACACAUUUAUUUUUAAUUGUUUUAUGUAUGAUUUUAGUUAAGAUUAUGCUUUUAUUAUUAAAAGGUCUGUUAAUUAUACUGCAUUUUUAUGCAGAAAUUUAUUAUAUUUUUAUCAUAUUAUAACGUUGCGUGCCUCCAACUUGCACGCAACCAAGAGGUGACUGUGAAAACUUGUAUAAAAGAUAGAGCCUUGUGAAGGGUUUAAGUCCCUUUUUAU